UUGUUAGAUUUCAAUGCAAAUUAUUGAAGCGUAACCUGACUCAGCAUUUUUAAAUUUUAAUGCGAUUGUGACGUCAUGGAGAAAAAGAGCGUUUUGUUCCUUUGCUUCGGGAAUACGUGUCGAUCACCGAUAGCUGAAGCUUGCUUUAAACACUUGGUUGCAACGCGUGGAGUCGAAAAACAGGAACAAUGGAGAAACCGAAGAUAAAACACAAGAUCACGAGCCCGUGUUGGUAUUAUGAUAAAGCGGAUUUGAAGAAAACGCCGUCGUUUCUCGACGGGGUAAACCCGGAAACGGAGGGUCGGUAUCGUCGCGAAGGUCCGAGGUUUAUAUUCGACAUGGGGACGAGAAUGGGGUUGCAUCACGAUACCAUAGCAACCGGGAUCGUGUUCUUCCAUCGUUUCUACAUGUUUCAUUCGUUCAAGAAGUUUCCUCGCCAUAUCACAGCAACUUGUUGUUUGUUUCUCGCUGGGAAGGUGGAAGAAACGCCAAAGAAAUGCAAAGAUUUAAUAAAAGUAGCGCGAGGUCUGCUAAAUGAAGCACAAUUUGUACAGUUUGGAAACGACCCAAAAGAAGAAGUUUUAACAUUCGAAAAAGUUUUGCUCCAAACCAUCAAGUUUGAUCUGACAGUUGAACAUCCUUAUAAAUACAUGCUACAAUAUGCUAAGAAACUAAAGGGAGAUCGUGCGAAGAUUGAAAAGUUGGUACAGAUGUCUUGGAUCUUUAUAAACGAUAGUUUCUACACGACUCUGUGCCUUCAAUGGGAGCCAGCCAUUGUAGCGGUUGCCGUCAUGCACCUUGCCGGGCGUUUGUGUAAGUUUGAACCCCAGGAUUGGGCAUACAACAGAGGACGUUGGUGGGAGCAGUUUAUCGACGACAUCAGCAUGGAACUCCUUGAGGAUAUUUGCCACCAAGUGCUUGACCAAUACCCACACUCAAAGGGAAAGACUCCAUCAAAUAAAUCAAAACGGCCGAAAACGCCGGUUGAUUCUGACAAAAGCGAAACGGCAUCAAAAAGUUUCCGCAGUGAGUCACAUAAAGUUAAAUCUAAAUCCAACCACACCUCAGCCAAGAAACCACACCAUCCUUCCAAAACAUCGCAACCAAAACCAACAUCUACGUCCCAAUCCUCCCGACGAUCCUCGUCAAACACGGAGGUCGUUGCCAUGGAGACGGAGGACACACAGGAUCAUGGCACGAUAGAAAAAGGAGCUCCGAGCGUCAAUAUCCCAACACCAUCAACCACAACGGCUGAAGUGCCAGUAUAUUUCAACAACCAAUAUCAAUACGCAACUUCCAGCGAUCAGAGCGCUUACUUUAUGCAGCAGAAAGCUGGUUUUGUGCCACAGAUACCAAACUACACCAACCCUGCACCCCCACAACCCCCUAUAGCCCCUCCAACCCCCCCAGCCCCACAGCGUCAACCCUUCCCCCAGUACCCCGGCUCAUACGAUGGCAAUUACCACCAAUUCACUACCCCUGAAAUGUACCAGCAGAAUAAAGCCUACCCCCCUGCAUACAGUGGAAUGAACCAAGCCCCUACAGGACUUGCCACCGUUAGAAUCACUGGACGAAGGGAAACGAACCCGACCCAACAAUGGCCAUAAAUUCAAAUCAUGGAUAGGCAACAAACCUGGGAGGGCAGGGUAGGCAAGCAAACCCCAGAAUUUCCUUCACCGUGUUAAACCGUAAACAACCAAUGAGAUAAAUAUUCCAAGAUAUUGUGUUACAGUCCGUGCAUCGCCUGCAUUUUAAAAUGUUUGGCGAUUUUGUUGAAUCAGGAAACCCACUGCCACGUUUCCCACAAACAUAUAAUUUCUAUUUUUCUUUCAUUUCAUGAUUUUUUUCGAAUCGUUUUUGCAAAUAAUACAAAUUUUGACCAAAUUUUUUUCAACGUGUUUACAUUGGGUUAACACAAGUUAAUUAUUACUUCAUAAUUUCAAUUGGCAACCAAUAACAGCUAUUAUGAUGCGUGGUCACAUCAUAAACGUCAUUGUCUUUAUAUCUGUGAAACUGUUUCGACAAAUUUGGUUUGUUUUGAAUAAAACUUCAAAUUUGAAAGUU